AUGAGGCGCGCGUUGCACUUGCCAGUGCUGCCCUGGCCUUCUGUCUGCCCGCCCAAUGGGUGGCAGGUGCCUCUGCUGCUGUGGGGCAUGCCUCACGGCUGCGACUGGCCGGCGCCUCGGCGCGUCAGCUCGGCUCGGCGUAGCGAUCGUGGCCAGCGCAACUCGCCUGGACUCAACGCUCAGCCAGGAGCUCCCGCACGCGCUGGCGCGAGGCAUGGCGCAUGCAACGCGCAGCAAUGCUCGCCUCGCCUCGCGCAAAUGCGACCGUCCUCGCAGCCGACAGUCCACCGCCUGCUAAAGAAGCACAGCGACGAAUGCGGCACCGGCGACGCAUGGCAGGCUGCGCUGCACCGCUUCUCCUGGACAGCCAUCGAGUACUCGAUGGUCCACUUCGAGGGCGCGGUCAGCACUGCGCAGGAUCUCUCCUGA